GCAGCACUUACCAUGCCAUGGAUUCACUAGAAGAAGAAGGUCAGCCCCGUCCAUCACCACAAACAUGGCGCCCUCCAAGAAACGCAGCGUGAAGCCAGCAAAAGGAGCAGAGAAAUGUAUAAAAACAGCUAAAAUAGACUUAGUCAGUACAGUAGGUCGUAUCCUUGAAAGCAGUAAACACGGGAAUGAGGUUUUUGACGUAUUUGAGUUUCUUCAGUUCGAAAAAGAGACAAAUGUUAUCACGGCAGUUAAUGCAUGCAGCAGUUUGUUUUGUACACUCUUGCAAAGAAAGGAGCUCUUUCGGGGGAAACUUCCGGCAGAAGACGACGCGUUGAGUGGUGACUACAGCGCUGUAGACAAAUACCACAUUUUCAUGAGACACCGUUACAACAAUUGUGUGGAGAUGCUGCUUGAACACCUCAGUCAUGAACUUCAUGAAGUCCAGGAAGCUUCUUUGUGUUGCCUGAUGAAGUUUGCGGCAGGAGAAGGACAAGAUCCCCUUGAGGACUUGGACUGGAGUGAACACUACAGUUUCCCCAGGGAACUCAUACAGGCGGUAGUGGACAGACUGGUGUCCCGAACGACAGACAAGUCUCUGCUGAUCUCUCGAUUUCACGAGUUCCUGGAGAAGGAGGAUGUACGCUAUUAUGUCAUGAGCUCCAUCCGUGAGAACAUGGGCCAAGUCAUGGAAAAAAGCAAAGGGGAAGUGAUGCCUGUAUAUCAGCACAACGUUUUCACUCUCAUGUCCAACAUCAGCAUCCCAAAAGAAGAGUUGGAGCUUUCCAAUUUCAUGGUCACACAGGAAGCUAAACAUGAAGACUGGAAAGCCGCCAAACUAAUUGAACACAAGCGUACCUUCGAAAGGAUGUGGCUUGCCUUCCUCAAGUAUAAGUUGCCGAGUAAUAUGUAUAAAAAGGUCUUGGUGAUCCUCCAUGAUGCCAUUUUGCCCCACAUGAGCAAUCCCACUCUGAUGAUCGAUUUCUUGACUGCAGCAUACGAUGUUGGUGGAGCAAUCAGCUUGUUGGCCCUCAAUGGACUUUUUGUCCUCAUCCAUCAACACAACUUAGAUUACCCUGAUUUCUACAAGAAAUUAUAUAAUCUCCUUGACCCUUCCAUUUUCCAUGUAAAGUACAGAGCACGCUUUUUCCAUUUGGCCAACCUGUUCCUUAGUUCCAGCCACUUGCCGGUGUACCUUGUGGCUGCUUUUGCCAAACGCCUGGCCCGAUUGGCCCUCACGGCCCCACCCACGGCGCUCCUCAUUGUGCUGCCAUUUAUCUACAACCUGAUCCGUCGCCACCCAUCAUGUCGAGUCCUCAUUCACAGACCCAGCUCAGAAGAUGAGCUUUUAGAAGACCCAUAUCUAAUGGAUGAGGAUGACCCCGCCCGGUGCCAUGCCUUAGAGAGCAGCCUGUGGGAAAUUAAGACACUGCAGAGGCAUUACCAUCCAGAUGUGGCCAAAACUGCCAUGUUGAUCAACACACCGUUGUCACAAAAAGAGGAUAACAUCAGUGAGGUGCUCGAAAUAACAACUUUUGAGCUGAUGGAGAGAGACUUGAAGCAGACAUCGAAGAAGAGCAUCCCGCUGGAGUUUGAAACUGCCACGCAGCUGCUGAAAGUGGGCAAAGAUGUGAUGGGACAGCACUUCUGUCUGGAGUGAAAGAGUGUGGGAUCAAUACUCAAUGCCAUUAAUCUGUUCAGGUUUAUUGCAACCCAGCGUGGACUCGUUGGUAAAAGUGUAAAGAAAGACCAGCAUAAUAACACAUGCUGAUGCAUUUUAUGUCAGUAAAGAUUUUUUCACACAA